UAUGGACCAUGUAUUCUUGAAUGAUUGUUUGAAAAGUGUGUUUGAGGUACAAAGGACUACUGUGUCUUUGGUUUCCUGGAGGGACUUACUGUAGCAGUGUGGAGCGAGUUUGAAAGGGCAUGAGAUACCUGAGCUGAGAAACCUUUCACUUUCAAUACAAUCACCUGCCCUUUGUACAUAUAUAUUUGUGUUUCUCGUCAAAAGUGGCCGUCUUAAAGGGGAACACCACCUAAGAUAAGAUAUGUUAUUUCCAUGGCCAAGGAAAGUGUAAUCAAUACUUAUGAACAGGAGCUCCUCUCUCGCAGGGGACAAAUGGCACCCUAAUAUGCACAGAUAUGCAAAACUUCAGGGGUCUUUCAGUUUAGCUUGAUUGCAGUUCCAGCGGUGAGUGAAUGUGGCAAGAGCAGGCAGGCAAUACUUGAAAGCGGUCUGAGAGUCGUGGACUGUACCGUUAGUGCAGGGGAGUCUUUUGUGAGGUCAGAUGUAGCUAGCAGAACCAGGAGAAUUGAGGGAUGCAGGACUGGUGUUGCACCAUGCAGCCACAGAGCCGAGCAGGUGGGAACCAGGAAGGGGGCAGGCAGGAAUCAGAGUCACAGACAGAAGGCAGAGGUAAUUACCAGAGCAGAGACAACGGACACAGGUCAGGAACAAGCAGGGUCGGUACUGGGGAAUCAAGUCACAAGUGAAUGCUGGAAUUGGAAUCUGGCAAUGAGGUGGGCGUGGCUGGCUUGCAGGGUGCAGGUGCUUUUUUGAUCCCCUACCUGAUCCUGCUGGUGGUGGAAGGGCUGCCCCUCCUGCUGCUGGAGUUUGCCAUCGGCCAGCGUCUCAGGAAAGGCAGCGUGGGGGUGUGGAGGGCCAUCAACCCCUAUCUGACUGGUAUUGGUAUAGCCUCCAUGCUGGUGUCCUUACUAAUUGGACUUUACUACAACACCUUAAUAGCCUGGAUCCUGUGGUAUCUCUUCAAUUCCUUUCAAGCCCCGCUGCCUUGGACCCAGUGUCCUCUCAAUGACAAUGGCACAGGAUUUGUAUCAGAGUGUCAACGGAGCUCCACUGUGGAUUACUUUUAUUACCGAGUGACUCUGAAUACCUCAGCUUCUAUAGCUGACUCUGGAGGAAUCCACUGGCCUGUAGUACUCUGCCUGCUCGCAGCCUGGACAGUCAUGUGUGUCUGCUACAUACGGGGGAUUGGCACCUCAGGCAAGGCAGUAUAUGUUACAGCCAUUCUACCUUACAUAGUGCUGGCCAUCUUCCUCAUCCGGGGACUGACUCUUAAAGGUGCCCUGAGUGGAUUACAGUUUCUCUUCACACCAGACGUUAAUGAGUUGAAAAAACCAACAACUUGGCUGGACGCAGGUGCCCAGGUCUUUUAUGCCUUCAGCUUAGCCUGGGGAGGCCUCAUCUCCUUCUCAAGCUACAACCCUGUUCACAACAACUGCAAGCAAGAUGCUAUGAUCUUGACAGCCAUAACUGGCCUCACCUCCAUCUAUGCUGCCACAGUCACCUACACCAUCAUUGGCUUCAGGGCAACAGAGAAAUACGACAUCUGUAUCAGUGAUAACAUCAGGAUAUUAUCAAAUGCAUUUGACCUUCCUGAAGACAGCAUCACUGCAAGCAACUACCAGGAAGCCUUGGAUUAUUUCAACAUCUCCUCACCUGGUAUUGUUCUUGGAUUGGACAUCAAACCCUGUGAAAUGAGAAAACUUCUCAGUGAGGGAGUGGAGGGAACAGGUCUUGCCUUCAUUGUGUUCACAGAAGCCAUCACCAAGAUGCCUGGUUCUCCAGCCUGGUCUGUCCUCUUCUUCAUCAUGCUUCUCUGCUUGGGAAUCUCAACCUUGUUUGGCAACAUUGAAGGGGUGGUGGUUCCACUAAAAGACCUUAAUGUUUUACCGAAAACAUGGCCACAAGAAGCACUGACUGGAGUAACCUGUGCUGUCGCCUUCAUCAUCACCCUCCUGUUUGCUCAGCAGUCAGGGUUUUAUUGGGUAACUCUCUUCGACAACUUUGCUGGAUCUGUCCCACUUCUGACCAUUGGAUUUUUUGAGAUGAUAGCUGUUGUGUACAUCUACGGCAUAGACAGGUUCAAUGAGGACAUAAAAUUCAUGGUCGGACAUAAGCCCUCCAUCCUCUGGCAGAUUUCAUGGAGGUUCAUCAGUCCUCUCAUCGUUCUGGUUAUCUUAGUUUUCUACCUGGUGACACAGGUUCAAGAGGAGCUCACUUACUUAGUCUGGGAUCCCACUUCUGCGGAGUUCCCGUCUCUGGCAUCAGUAACGUACCCUUCAUGGAUCAAUGGGGUCAUCUUUCUUUUGGCAGGAGUGCCCAGUCUGGCAGUGCCUGUGUAUGCAUUAUGUAGGCUGAUCUUUGUUCGCUGCAAGAAAAAAUAAAAUCCAGUUCAAGAAGUAA